GACAUUUUUCGUAAAUAACAACGUGCGACUACUUUGUAACACUCGAUCUCAUUUAUCUGUUUUGUUUGCAUAUUACGCUAGAUAGAUAAUCUUGCCAGGAUACACUAUCUGCUUUUUACCUCUUAUAGGCCUUCCAAUUCUGGCCAUAAUAUGUCUUUCUUUAGUUCCUGACCGAAUGCUUAUCGUCCACACUAUUCGGCAUCUGCUAAAAUUAUUAAUAAUGCAACUAAUUUGAAUCACCCAAAGCGCUUUUGUAUCCCUUGUCGGGAAUGUAUAAACAUGUCUCCGUGUUUUACGUUUGUUAGGCGUAAACAAAAUAAUAACAAAGAAAUAUUUCUUGCCAUCCUGGGAUUGGAUAAUUCUGGAAAGACAACAAUAUCUCUCAGCAUAAAGGGUGUCUCCAGUGACUUAGUUGCUCCAACUAUCGGCUUUGAUCGUAUCGAAUUUGCUAUCGACAGCUUUAAUAUCAACCUUUAUGAUUUGGGUGGUGGUCGUACAAUACGUGAUAUUUGGGAAACAUAUUUUGCUGAAGUCUAUGGUGUUAUAUUCGUGGUUGAUUCAAGUACGCCAGAGAGAUUAGAAGAAUGUCACGAAGCAUUAGUCAAUGUUCUUUCCCAUCCUUGUAUAUCCGGUAAACCGAUUCUUUUACUAGCAAACAAGCGAGAUAUUAAAGGUGCGUUAGAUGAGUCGGAGCUGAUAGCAGCACUCCAGCUGGAUGAUCUUGUCAAUGAAUAUAAAUGCCCUUGUCGCUUGGAGCAUUGUUGUGCUUUAUUACUACCUAAUCAAAAGUUGGAUAAAGCGAUUCGUGACGGUUUGAAAUGGCUUCUUGCUUAUAUUCAGUCAGAUUUGAUAAAUAUUCAAUCACGGGUUGGUGCUGAUGUAGAUAGACAAAUAAGACAACAAACAGAAGAACGCGCAGCUAGAAAAGAAAGAGUUCGAUUAGCUAGAGAGGAGAGAGAUCGUUUGAGAAAAUUGUCUAAUCAACACAUCAACAAUACGUUCACAGCAGGUAGCCUAGACGAUUUAGGUGAAAAUUCAAAUGAAUUAAUCAACCAACAAUUAACAUUAAAAACCGAAAAUACAUGUACGGUGUCCAACAUUUUUGAAAAUAACUUGUGUAGUGACAGUCCUAAAUAUAAAGAACCUACUAAUUUACCAGAACUUAAUCAAUAUAAUGAUUUUCAAUUUGUUCAGAUCAAUCCAUUAGUAUCUGAUGGGAAAAAUAAUUCUUUGGCAUGUUCACAACUGAAUUCACGUGAUCUAUUACAUCAAAUAAAGUUAGCCUGUAGUAUUGAUCUGGAAUUCCAAAAUAAAAAAUUGAGUUUGGAUAGCUACCGUGGUUUUGAUAAAGAGGGCUUAUUCAUUGAAUUAGAAAGACAGCUGCAUAUUAGUGUUGAUGAUUCAAAAGAAAAUGAUAAUACCCGUAUUAUAACUGAAAAACAUGAUGAAGUAUCAAAACAGUUUUCAUUGUCUCCUUCGGUCUCAAAUAGUCAUAAGAAAGACGUAAAAUUACAACCUGGAUUCAUGGAAAUGAAUAUGUCGAAAAGCAAACUCCAAUGUGAUAAAGACUAUUCGAUUCCUCAAACAGCGAAUGGUAGUGCCCGUUUUGUUAAUAGAACACCAACUGUGGUCCAUUCGUUAUAUGAGAAAAAUAGUUCUUCGGUUAAAAAAUCUGUUCACCAAUCGUUUAAUGUUCAAAAAAAUCCGUUUGAGAAGGUUCAACACAGAGACAACAAUUCCAGUCUAUCGGAAACUGUGGCAAUAUCAAAAUUAACUAAAGGACCUUCACCACUGGCACGCAUUUUUGUGUCGAAUUUCAAUAAACUACAUCCAAUCACAGAUCAGAAACCAGAAGGCUCAAUGUCAUCUAUAUCGCAAUCAUUUACAUCAGAAGAGAAAAAUAAUUCGGAUAAAUUCUAUGCAACCUCUGUUUCUAAUUCUAAUUUAAAAUCGUCAGACUGAACGUACAAACGUAUAUGUAUCUGUUUUUAUUAAUUAGUACACAAACGCCGCUUACGUCACUUAUCAUUAUUCAACUAUUUAUAAAAUACUUUUUCUGCUUGGCGCGUUUUAUUAUCAAUAGAGAAGCGUGUUCAGUGUUUGAAAUUCACAUUUUAAUAAAAUGGAAUGCAGACGCAUUU